AUGUUAAGUGGUGGCCGACACUUAGUAUUCGCUACUUCUGAACAACUUGCUUUACUCAAGAAUGCAAGGACGUGGUACGUGGAUGCUACAUUUCGUGUAGUGCGCAAGCCAUUCUAUCAAUUAUUUGGCAUCCAUGCAUUUGUGAAAGGAAUCGAAGGAAAUAUAAAACAAGAGUGCAAAGUAGAGAAAUUGGUUUUGGAUUUUGAAGCUGCUGUAUGGUCGGCUGUCAGGACAUUACUCCCGAUGGUAAAAUUGCAAGGAUGCUCGUUCCAUUGGAAUCAAGCCAUUUGGAGAACAAUCCAAGAAAUAGGACUGGCUGCACCAUACAUGAAUCAUCGCCCAACUAAGGAUUUCAUAAGGCAGCUCAUGGCACUUCCUUUCCUCCCUGAAGAACACAUAAAAACAACAUUUGAACUGAUUGAAUUACGAGUGCCUCCUGGACCACUUCAAAUUCUAAUGGAAUAUAUUAAAGAAACUUGGAUCAAUGGAUUCUGGGCGCCAAGUGACUGGACUGUAUUCGGGCAGAGUAUCCGGACUAACAAUGACGUAGAGGGAUACCACAGAAAGUUGAAUGGUAUGGCAGGCAGCUCUCAUAUUCCAUUUUAUGUUUUAGUACCAUUACUGUACAAAAAAGCAAAAAAUGUAACUGUAGAGGUCCGUCUUGUCAAGGAUGGAUUUGUACAGUUUGUAUGA